UCUGUGUAUACUUUUUCUGAUUUGGGUUUAUUGCGAAGAGAGAAAACCCUAAUCAGAACGAUAUAUGGAAAUGCGGAUAUAGAAAACAUUAAUCAAACAAAAACAGCGUUCUUGAGGAAAUUAUUCCGUUUCCGUGGUCUGUCGUCGUUACCGUGGUGGUUCGGUGGUGGCCGUGCUCGGUUGUUGGGGUCGGUGGGCAUUAGUUCUUUUCUCGUGUGCGAAACAUUGGCCGAGUGCUAUGAUAUUAGCUGUUUGAGCUUAAGUUUUUUUGUCAUAAAAAUGGAUUGUGGAGGGCUGGAGAAGGGGAUUGAAGAGUUGAACGUGAAGGAAGGAAAGGGUAAUCUACGUGUUCAGGAACAGGCACAGGGUCAAUUGCAGAUCACUACCUUUUCUGAACUUGUCUAUGAUGUUGACCUCCAUUUUCAGAUCAUUCGCUUCCCAAAGUAGAUAUAUGUGUGGAUUGGUUACAACUCUGCAAAAUUGGGACACAUGUACGCAGCAGCUCCCACUCGUCCUAGCAAUUCAGUAUCUGUCACUUCCAUACUCGGAGGAUUUUGUGAUAACACAGGGUCUGGCAUUGCUCAUCGAUUAGUGUUAAAGACUGGUCUCAACAUAAUUUUGGCUUGCAGCAUUCCAAAAAAUAGCCCCAUGCUUGAGAUAGAAGCUGAGAAAAUAUUGAUUCAGAAACUCAUUAGUCUGGGCUACACCAAGUUCAGAUUGGGAGGAACAUCUUUGUAGCACGGGCUAGAGAGACUUCUAUACAUAUCAAACCUGCAUUAUCCUAGUUUUUUCCUACCUGAUUUAGCAGCCAUGGUUUGUGGGUUAUUGAAGUCUAGAAGCAUUUUUACUGGACACCACAACUGUCGAACAAAUAGGCGUUUUUUUCUCGGAUCUCCUCUCCAUGAUAGAUGCAGUGUACGAGAAGACUUGGGAUUUUCAAACAUUAUAGGAUUCUUAAACGAAAAUUCAAGCAGAUCUUCAUAAUUAUUCUUAUAUCAGACCCCUUGCAGGUAAUGAAAAUGAUGCUACAUUACUCGAGUGAAUGCGUUUUUUUUUCUUGGACCUGUAUCAGUAGGGAACAAUUGCUACUCACCAUGAUGUCAAUAUUCAAUUAAUACCAUCAUAUG